AUGUUCAAUCGACUCGGUCGACUACUUCCUAUUGUGCUUAAAAGAUCUACUUAUGCCGGAAUUAUUCCGAACGAUGCUUUCAUUGCAGCGGAUGAUUAUAAAUGUCCAAAAGAUUUAGCUAAAUACUUGAAAUUUUUGAGUACCAAUUAUACAGCAUUUUCCAGGAUGCUACUGCAUGACUUGAGUUAG